AUGGAGAAAAGCUUAACGGCAAGGUCUUAUGAGAAGGGGUUUCGACCAGUAGAUGAUUACAGAUUCCUUAAAUCAGUUAUCAACCAUUUCAGCCACCCACAUCCGUUGAGAUACACCUCCAUGAUCGACGGUCUCAGUAAAGCAUGCUUCGCUCAUGAGGGUCCAAUUCUAGGAUGCUUCACAUAUGGGGAUCCAAUGUACAAGUGUGAUUGCAUGUAA